ACACCUCUCUACUCAGACUUUGUGGACGGUCCCUAGUUGGCCCCGUGAGAUCUGAGACGUUCACGGAGCCGCUGUGACUGACUGACUGCUGUUCAACUCUACUGGAGAGGGGAAAGUUGGUGAAGAUGCGCUGAAGCUGAGAAAACUGCCAAGAACCCAAACACCAGUACUCUGCAGCGGUACACAGCUGUACUGUUUUAUCAAGUAUGAGGAGCAUCAGACCGACGGAACGGCGUUCAUCAUACCAUGAGCACACUCCAGCAGCUGGGAACAAUGUCUUUUAUGAUGAAAAAGAAGAAGUUCAAGUUUCAAGUGCAUUUCACAUUGGAGGAGCUUACAGCAGUGCCUUUCGUCAAUGGAGUGCUUUUCUGCAAGAUCCGGCUGAUAGAUGGUGGGGACUUUGCCAUCUUGUCAUCCAGGGAGGAGGUGCAGCAGAACUGUGUAUGCUGGAGGAAGAAGUUCUCUUUCGUGUGUAAAAUGAGUGUUAAUCCAAUCACUGGAGUGUUGGACCCGUGCAUCUGCAGGGUCUCUGUACGCAAGGAGCUCAAAGGAGGAAAGUCCUUCUCAAAGCUAGGUUUUGCUGAUCUCAACAUUGCAGAGUUUGCUGGUUCAGGCUCCACAGUUCGCUGCUGCAUCCUGGAGGGUUACGACACCAAAAACACUCGACAGGACAACUCUAUCCUCAAGGUAACAAUUGGGAUGACUCUUCUGUCUGGGGAUCCCUGCUUUAAAACGCCUGCCAGCACGGCCAAAUCUGUAUCUAUUGGGGACAAGGACCCCACUCUGCAGCUGGACUGUAAGGGUGAGAGUACUGAUUCCACCGUUCAGCCACUAGGAGGCAUCAUGGAGGGUCCUCGUGCCUUUAAACAAAGACAGUCGUCAGUACGUAGCUCAGGGCUGCCUGAGGAGGGAGAGAGUGUGUACAGCCCAGACGAGGUCUUUCACACUGGUCAUUUUCGCAGCUCCAGCUAUGCCAGCCAGCACAGCAAGAUAUCAGCUCACUCUCGCUGCUCCAGCCUGGGUGACCUCAGUCACCAUAGGAACGCCUCCUCCAGCAGCAGCGGCUCCUCUGUGUUUGUCCACCCCUCCCAGCCGCCUCCGUCCACCCCCACCGAGCUGCACCGACAAGCAACUCCCACCAAACCAGAGAGACCUCCUCCACCCUCUGCAGCAGCCCUCAUGACCAACAGAUCCUCCAGGAGAAAGAAGGACACUGUUGAGAGGCAGCCCAGCUGUGUGGACGACACCCGCAUUGAUGCAGAUGACAUUGUGGAGAAGAUUGUCCAGAGUCAGAACUUUUCUGACAGCAGCAACAAUGAAGACAGCAACUUGAGACUGUUUGUCAGCAAAGAUGGGACCACUGCCCUUAGUGGCACACAGCUAGCCAACAGAGGAACGCAUGGUAUUUUUGAGCCGGUGGUCAUCGAGACUCACUGAGAGACACAUCAGCACGUCUCCAGCCUCAUCAGCUGGUUAAUGACUCUGGGACAUCUGAUUGUCUCUGACUGUGUAUGUGCAAGUAUGUGUAUACUUGUCUUGAAAUAAGACUACUAUGAUAUUUAUAGUAUAUUUAAUGAGGUGGUGGGAGGUGUGUAACACACGAUUACCGUAUUUUCUCAAAUAGUGGACGGGCCUUUUGUUUUUUACCUUUUAAUGAAUAAACCAGGCUUUUAUUUCAUGUAAUGUUAUAAGUAGGGGUGUCACGAUUUCAAUUCUAAAUUGAAAAUCAAUAGAAAUGAGCUUUCGAUGUGGACCUUCGAAAUCAAAAGCAGGAUUAGCGAUUCUCCCAGUAUUUCUUUUCCUCUCCUCCCCCGCCUACUUGCGCGUCCCAAGAAAACAACCCAGCAACCCUUCGGAGAGCGUCGCCUACCUGCAGCCUCUGCUGGAGUCAGGGAUGACGGAGAAGUCACUGGUGUGGCAACAUUGUGCCUUCCCCGUGACUCUGUCAACCACAGAAACACUACAGUGGCGAUUAGAAAGUCUCAUCCCGGUGGCUUUUUGCAGGUGAGGAAACUCAAGCUGUUGUUGUAAAGUACCCUUCUGCCAUCUAGUGACUUUUUUUGUUUUUCUAUUUAACAGUUUGUUCCCAAUUGACUGGUGAAAUAAGUUACUGUUAUUACAUUUUAAAUGAAACCAUAUGGCCUUAGUGAGGUACAUUCAAAAAAAUAUGUAUCACACUUACCAUGUAGCCUAUCUUUUUAAAGAUUUGAAAAUGGAAAUGGAAAGUUGGCUGGGCAUAAAACCAAUGAUCUGUACAAAUCAAGACUCGAUAGUUGAACAAUGGCAGAGCACUCACUGCUGAAAUUUUUUUUUAAUCGAAGCGUGGAUUUGGAGAAUCGUGACACCCCUAGUUAUAAGUACAUUUGAAAAUAUUCGGAUCUGCUUCCGUUUGCCAUGUUAAUUCGCAGUUCCCGUUGUUUGCUUUUAAUGCAGAUUCAACAUGUCCUCUGCAUAUCUGUUUUACAUUAAAACCCUUCCAGCAGUCAUGGGGGAACAAAUCCUCCCCUCUCCUGAGAAGCUUUUAUUGUAGAAUAGUGAGUGACAACUACAGAGCCUGCCAAGUAUCAGGAGUACUCAUUUUUUUACAUUCAUGCACAGGAAUUAGUCAUUUAUCCUCUGAAUGACUUAAUUUAUGUCCACAAAUUAGCAAUUCGUACUUUGGAAUUAAUGUCAAGUUACUUUGACAGCAGGAACUGAAGUUACGUGUUGUUACUCUGGUCAGUUGGGGGCGACCCAGAGUGUUAGCAUCAGGCUAGCUGCUGUGUUUUGGUGUUGAAGUGACUAAAAAUACUGAAUUAAUUCCUUCGUAUUGAUUAGAAACACUAAUAAGUUGUCAGACCACAGAUAGACUUCAGAUUUUGCUUGUUAAACAGUAUUGUCAUCUAUAAAACAUUUGAAAUGUUACCUAUUGCUUAACGUUAUGUUCUGUUGAUUCAUGUGCAUACAUUUUUAGUUUGAGAGAAUUACUUUUUUUUAAGUCUGUUAAUUCCCUCCUGAGACUUAGACAUAGAGAUGAAUUUUUCUGUUAAGACAGACAUGACUGUUUUUAUGCUUGUACUAUCUGUAUAGUACAGAUACCAGUCAUUUCAUUUCCCCCCUCUUUUUUCUUGGCUGUAAUUUACGUGCCGGGUUCUAUUUGAGAAUUUACAGUAAUACAAUAAUAAUUUCCUUUACGUUGGGUGUGUGUCAAACCAGUCUCUGGUUCAGUAGGUUCGUGGAGUAAGUAAUCUCCUACAGUGGCCCCUGGAAAAUUUGCGGAAUGAUUUGUAAAAAGUAGUGAGCAUCUCUGCUCACUGUCCUCACUGACUUACUACACCUGCAGCAGACCCCUUAAACAGUGUCAUCAAGCAUAAUAGGUCUUUUUCACAGAGGACAUUUUGACAUGUGCCAGUGAGAACAUCACAGGUGUGAAUACUAAAAUAAAUGAUGGCUGAAUUCCAUGCAGCUGCUUCAGUUUCAGGGUCCUGGUGUUGUUCAUGCUGGCCCACUGUCACACUGUUUAACUUUAUUUAUAACAGGUGUACAGUGUAUUAUUUUUAAACUUUUUAAGGAGAUAUGUUGCUGGUGUGACAUUAUCCUGCCUUGCCUUGGAACUGUGACAGGUCACUGACUCAUCAGUGUCCUAAAUUUCAAUAAAUUACUGAUUUAUUCAGUAAUCCUAUUCACUGUACAGGGAUUUACUAUGUCCAUUACUGAACAAGGGACCAGUCUGAAACACACACAGUGAAACUUUGACCAGUGCUAAGUGCACAAAUUACUUGAACAAUACCCUGUACUAUGUUGUGGGAAUUGUAGUGCAACACUGAAAUAAUGGUUCGUUCGGGAGGGCCCUUGCAACUCGUAAAAUUGAACAUUUCUGAGUUUACCACCAGGAGGUAGUACCUGAUCAGCUAACAAAAUACAGUGGUACAAUCAGACGAUGAAACCCAGUGUUUCACUUAAACACAUGAUGGACUGGAAACAGAGUAUUAUGUUAAUAUUCAUAUAACUUGGAUUUCUCUAUCAUACAUAUAACAGCCUACAUCAUGUCCAGGCCACUAACAGGAACAAACAGAAGAGUUUAUGUCUGGUGUCCAUUAGUUACAUCCCACAGAGGCUUUUUCACUGGUCCAGUUCAUGUGAUGGAUUUACCACUGACUGAUAACCACAAGUCAAAUAUGAUUUUAUCAUCCAUAAUUUUCUGACUUUACGAGUUGACGUGGACUCACCGAAUGGAGCACAAGAGCCAUCAAAGGCUCUUACUGAGGGCAGGCGUCCUCUAGAAAGACUGAGUCAAAAUCAGCCUGGAACUGGAACUAAAGCUUUUAUCCUUUUUAUUAGAUUUUGAUGCUAUUUGAUCACUGUGUAUACAUACUUAUUAUACUAUUUUGCACACAUGUACUCUCUGAGGAGGAUUGUUAGAAACCACUAAAACGACAUUGUCUAAAAUGACAAAUGACAUGUUCUGUUUUUAAAUUUCUUUAUUCUUUUUUAUUACAUUUUAUUUCAAUGCUAUUGUUAUAGGACACAAUGUCCUACAAAUUUGGUGAAUCUGUCAAAGGCUGCUCUUAUGAGACAGCACAAAGCCUGCAUUCAUAUGGCUGGCCAUAUGUAACCGCCCAUUGUCUGCACUUACCAAGUACUUAUUCACUCUUUGAAUUUGAAUGCUCUUGUAAACUAAUCAUGAAUGUAAGAUUUUGUGUUGAUGUACUUGCUUGCUCACCUAGGAGUUUUUUCAAACUUUGGCCAGAUUGACUCAUAUCUUUGUCGCAACCAAAGCUACACAUUAUGUACACUAAGCUGAAACCCAUAAUGCAAGUAUUUUAUGAGCAGGAGAGGCUUAAAAACAUGUUACAUUGCAACAGGCUGCAUAGAAAAGUUACUUAGAUCUGCAUUCAUUGAUUUCAGCAGCGUAACAAGCUGUAAACACAGCGUCGACAUAUCACAUUAUGAGGUUGCCAUGUUAGCAAACAGUUGCAUAUUUACGCAGAGAGCAACAUUAGCAUUCAGACUGCAGGUGCUGGAGAUGGUGUUGAGGAGAGCAGGGUCUGUGUUGGUGAUAAUUCUGUGUGUGUUUGUCACUACAAGUGACCAGUUAACAUUACACAUAGUCGUUUGAGCCAUUGUUAAUAUUUAAAAAUAGAUGAGUGCAGCUUUAAGGUACAAUGUUUUACUGUUGAUUCACCUCAGAACCACAGCUUGUGCCAUUUUGGAGGAUCUGAUGUGCAGAUGAUUGUCUGUUGACUACUGCUAGACCAAAUAGUUAAAAGAUAUUUUUUUAAGUCAGUCAGCCAAUUUAAUUUAGCCAACUAUCAUUGAGAGAAGAGGAAUACUGGCCUCCUACUUGCUGCUGCCCUGCCUGUAUUCAGGCGUCACACUGACUGCACAGUAUUUACCAAAAAAGACUACAGCCAGAGCUCACUGCACUUUGUAUUUUAGGCAGAUUUUCUUUUGUGAGGGUGCUGCAAUACACUGUGGGACUGUAACUCGUAGUAGAUUAACAAGAAAUUCCUUUUUUCCAUACCAUUGUUGAAUAGCUCCUGUAAACUCUGUCCCUGUCACUUUGUGUAUAGAGCCAACAGUACUGAUACUGUCGGCCUGGUGCUGGCUGUAGUGAGGUCAGCCCCACAGCUGCAGCAGCAUAAAGCCCCUGUUGUACCAGGACUGACAAUAUACAAUAGCCCUCACCCCUAAGCACUCACUUGUGUUUGAGUUUCUGCAGUACGUGUAUGUUAGCAUCUUUGUUGAUUCUGUACUGUAUGUGCGAAUGUGCCACUAUAUGCAUGCAGGCCAUGCAUGUUUGACUAAAAAGCUUCCUUUUUAUCUUUGCUGUGGUCCAUCAAGCCCUGGUUAAUACUGGGUAAAUACUGCAUAAAUACGAGGAUCAACUGUAGGCAAACCCAGGGGAUACUGAGGCUAACUUUUCAACUGCUGUUUAAUGUGUCACAUGGGGUCCCAUCCACGCCAGUCUUCCAUUGCCGUCCACACUACAGCACAAAAACUAGGAAUGUAUAUAUAGUACAGUGCCUAUAAAAAGUAUUCAUCUCCCAAUCCCCCACUGUCAUUUCUUUAAACGUUUUUUAACAAAUGUGCUAUUCUCUGUCUUUUCCAAUGGCAGUCCAUAUUUAUCACUUCAGUUAUAAAUAUAGUUUUCUACAGUAUCUAUGUACAUGGGGUCCAUCCCUGUAGAUAUGGAACAUGUGGGGUUCCACUCAGAGAACCAUGGUUACACAUGUAACCCUCCAAUCUAUUUUCCUUUUCCUUUCAGACCAGCAGGCUGGUCUACAGAUUUGUACAGAAUUGUGUGUAAAAAGCUAAUAUUGUAUGGUGAGAUGGGACUAAAGGGAUAAACAGUCAUUAUUUACAGUGAAGGGUGUGGUCAUUAGAGAAUACAUACAGUAAAGGGAACCAUUGUGUUGGUGAAUUGUCUGCUACUGUGAUUUGUUUUAGGAAUACUUAUUCUUUCCUUUGUACUUGACCAUGUGUAACCUGUGACCUUAUUAAUUACAUUUAUACAUUUAAAUGCUUUUUUUUGCAUGCAGUGAAAGUUUUUUUUCCCAUUCCUGAUAAUUUGAAACUAAACAGAAUCGUUGCUUAAUUAGAUUAUUAUUAUUUUCUCUCCUUGUAUUAAAAUGCUGGAAAAUACAUGUAAAGGUCACAUGAAGAGUUGAGAUUAUCUGUCCCAUUAAUAACUGUGUGUAAACAGUGGCAGUGUUCAGGAGCAGUGAAUUAUGAUUUGCAUAAACAUGCAUACCAAAUAAAGGGGUAAAGCCUGGAAUCAUCAUAUUUCUA